AUGUCUAACCUCGCUCUGCGAAGGACUGAGUGCUCUUCCGAGAAUAACCUUGGUGGUGGUUCUGCCUACACUUGCAGUCAGCAGAGUUCGUCCUCUAGGUCGAAUCGCUUCUCCGAGACACGAAGCCAGAGUUUCAGCUACGAUCAACCCGGGAUGUCGGAGAAGGGUAAGUGGGUCUACCAUGCCCUUGCUUGUUUUCGUCGGAAGCGGGAGGUGUAG